ACAUUUUAUUAAAUUUAUCAAAACAAAAGACAUUUUAAAAAGAAACUGACACCUAAUGUCUCAUGUUGCUCAAAUAGCAUUUGAAAUGCUAAUGUUACAAGUAUAUACUAUAUGAAUUUAGUAUUACUGAAUCAUGAAUAAACUAACACAAAAAGAUGUUAACAUUUUAAGGUCGUAUUCUAACAAUGUUGUGUCACUGAUUUCUUUUCUUGAUGAAAGAGGCUUCGGUAUUUUAAAUUGGACUGAUGACAUAGGAAGAACCAUUCUGCAUCAUAUUGUUGACAACAGUGGAAGUGCAGAAUGUGUUAAGCUAUUGCUACAAAAAAACGCUGACCCAGAUGCAGUUUCAGAUAUUGUUGACAAGUGUUCAACACCUCUACACUAUGCUGCAAGAACUAAUAAUCUUGAUUGUAUGAUCGUUUUGCUUGAAUAUGGGGCUAAAAUAGAUGUAUUAAACAGUAAUAGAAAACGUGCUAUUGAUCUUGCAACAGAUUGCAACUCAACAGAUUGCAUAAAUUAUCUUCAUAAAAUUUAUGAAUUACGUGAAAAAAAAGAUGAGGAUGAUAAAGCAAAAGCUCUUUAUAAAUCAAUUGAAGCGAAUGAUUUUGAAGGUGCAAAAAAUGCUCUGGACAGUAUGAAAUCAGCUUACAAAACAGUGAAUGAAUACAGUCACGAUGGAAAUGAAACAUUGCUUAACAGUGCUUGUUCCCGUGGUGAUAAACGUAUUGUUCAGUUGAUUAUUGAUAAUCAAGCUAAUGAGCGUCCAAAUUCUAGGACUGGCGAAACACCUUUAUACAUUGCUUGUUGUCAUGGUCAUCUUGAUGUUGUAAAUCUCCUUGCAAAUAAAUUUUCUGAUCUUCUCAAUCUUCCAUGCACACAAGAGCAAAUUUAUCCACUGCACGCAGCAAUAAUUCAUCAAAAAGAGUCAAUUGUACAAUAUUUAUUGACCUUAAGAUAUAAAAAACAUGGGCUACAAAGAGUUAUUUCAAAUAAUUCAACUCCAGACAAAUCGAAUAAAUAUUUUAUUAAUAUCAAUCAACCUAUGGGUAAUGGUUUAACUCCUAUUCAUCUCGCAGUUCGGUUGGGAAAUAAAAAUAUAAUAUCAAUGCUUUUGGAAUGUAAACCAUUUAAAAAGAUUACGAAGAAGGACAAAUAUAAAAAAUAUCCUGAUUGUCUAAUACUAGAUAGUGUAGUUGAUACAAAAACCGCAUUACAUUUUGCUUUGCAAGAUGUAAGAAAUAUAGAAGUUGUAGAGUUGUUAUUAAAAAAUGGCGCUGAUUUAAAUGCAUCUUUUAUUGACAAUGGUUUAAAGUAUACUCCACUGCAAUUUGUGUGCAAAAAUGAAAACAUUGAAGCUUUAAAACUUUUGUUAAAAUACAAUGCUGAAGAUCAUGAUGGAAUCUCUUUGAAUGAAGCUAUGGAAAAUAACAGAGAUGAAGUUGUGUAUGUUUUGCUCAGCAAUGGUGUUUAUGUUAACAGUGAAAGUACAGUAUCUUUAAAUAAUUUUGAAGACUCAUUAACUCCUGUAUCAAUACACUGGAAAAAGCGUUUCAUCAAUUUCUUAGAGGAAAAAUGGAUAUUAGCUGCACAAUCAGCCAUAUAUUCUCAUCAUGAUGAUGUAAUAAAAAAUAAGUUACAUCCUCAACUUAUUACUGAAAUCAACUUAUCGGAUAAUAAACUUAAGUAUGUUCCAUUUAUACUUUUUCAAUUACCUUCCUUAAGCAAACUAAAUCUAUCAAAUAAUAGACUCAAUGACUUGUCUUAUAUGGAUUCAAGUACAAACGAAAACAAUAUUUUAAAUCAAAAUGUUGGUCCUACUUUAGAAGAGCUAGAAUUGCAUCAUAAUUCUCUUAUAACCGUCCCAGAAUUUAUUUUUAAAAUGCCUAUUUUACAGUAUAUGAACUGCAGCAACAAUAAUUUGAAAAGUUUACCAAUGGAAAUGUGGCUUUCAGAAUCAUUGAAGGUUUUGUUGCUUAAUCACAAUCAUUUAAGUAAAUUACCUUUUUUAACAAACUCUACUAGAGAAUAUGACAAUGAACAAGUGGAUAAUAAAAAAAGGAAUUGUGUAUCAAGAUUUCCAAUUUCCAAAAAAAAUAUCCUUUUUAGCAGAAAAUCUAAUAAGGAUGAUGGUAUUUACAAUAUAGAAAAACAGAAAUAUGCAUUAAAUUCUGGUUUAAUUCACCUUGACUUGUCAAAUAAUAAAUUUUCAGAAGUGCCUAAUGGAAUUUCAUGUCUUGCACCUAACUUAUUUUAUCUUAACUUAAGUUUUAAUAAUAUUUCUGAAAUAAAGUGUAUAUCUUGCUUUCCAAAACAUUUAAGUCAUUUAGCCCUUGUUAAAAACAACCUAGACAUAAUAAAUUUUUCUGAAGAACAAAAACCAAAUAGUUUUUGUUAUGCAUAUUCAGAACAUAUUUAUACAACAUCAAACAACACUUGUGAACAUCAACAACAUAAUCAGCUAGUUGAUCUUGUUCAUCUUAAUUUGUUAGGAAAUAAACUUAAAUCAAUCAGUUUGUUUUAUUCAUUUAGUAACAAAAAAGAGUUAUUUUGUGAAAAUUUAAGAACUAUUAAUAUUUCUGAAACAUUGUUGAAAUCGUUGCCCGAUGGUUUAAAAGACUUAAAAAAACUAGAAGCGUUAUAUUUUACUCAAAUCCACAACAUUAAUGAAUCAUUUAAUGGUCUCAUUGAAGACCUUAAGUUAAUUCAAUGUCCUAAGAAUGUUGUUGCAAGUAUAAAUAUUGGUUGCGAAAGAAAUUCAGAUGUCAAAUCUCUACAAAAAGCUGAAGAACUGAUAAAUAAAAAGUUGAUGAACUUCCCAAAUAUUAGGUUAAUGGUGAUUGGUCCAAAAAAGUUUAGAAAAUCUCCUCUUGUUAAAUCACUUCAAAGCUAUGGAGAUAUUAGAAAAGAAAUUCAUCUGAGACAUUAUUGGAUAAAAGGGUACAAACUUACCACAAGUACAUUUGCAAGAGAUGCAAUAGACUGUUCUUACUGGUCAUAUAUGUAUGAAAAGAAAUGCAUGAAUUUUAUCAUUUGGGAGUGCAAUUUUGAUGAACUUCAUCAUGUUUUUAUGUUUCAACAUGCAAUUUAUUUGCUUGUUUGGCAGUUUACUGAUAACUUUGAAAAUGAAGUGGUACUACUGAAGUUGUGGCUUGAAAAUAUUCAGGCUUAUGCUCCUGACUCUGCUGUCAUUGUUGUCAUAACUAACACUGAUAGUAAAAAAUGUCCAUCAGGUUUAUUAGAAAAUGUUAAAAAAUAUUUUUCUUCUAAAUAUGGAUUUAUCAUAGAUUUUGUUGAAAUUGAUCACACCAAAGUUCAAAAUAUAAAGUCUCUUCGUGAUUUAAUAUCUAACACUGCUAUAAAUGUUAGAGAUAAAACUAAUUCAAUUUUCGAACAAAGUUUUUCUGAGUUCUACCUUCCUGUUGAAAAAUCUGUCUAUGUGGUUGCUGAUAGAAUGAAAAGUGAAAGUGAAAACAAAAAAAAAGAUUUAUCUUUCUACCUUGAUGAAAAAUCAUAUAGGUCAAAAAUGUUUGAAUUACUUCAUUUACAAAAUUUGGAAUUUCAAUAUGGUGAUAAAGAGUUAGAUAAAGCAGUACGAUUUCUUCAUCAUUUUGGUAGCAUCUUACACUUUAAUGUUCCUGCACUUAAUGAUUUUUACUUUUUCAAUCCACAAUGGUUGUGUGAUAUCCUUGUAUUCAUGAUGAAAAUUAUUCCAUCUCAAACAAAUGGCUUUGUAAAAAUAAUGGAUAUCAAGCGAAAUUUGGUUGAGGAAAGAUUUCCAAUUUCAAAAGGCAUAGAGCUUUUAAAUUCUUUUGAUAUUGCUGUAAUGUUAUCCAAGAAUGAAUUAUUUGUUCCAUCGCUUUUGCCAGUAAAUGAAAAAACCACUUGUAAAAACAACCUUCAAAAUGAAGUUUAUCGACGCCAAUAUUUAAUGUCAUUUGUUCCUUCCGGAUUCUGGUUUAUGUUGAUUAAAAGAAUAAGAGUGGAUAAAAAUCUAACUGAAGCCUUGUCAACUUGUUUUGAUCUAAAAACUACAAUAGAUUUGCGCAGUAAUGACACAGCAAGCUCAAAAAAUCGAGAUAAAAUAAAAAUUAAAAAAUUUUUCAAUUGGUCUUGUUGGAAAACUGGAAUUGAAGUUUCUUGUUUCGGAAGCAUGCUGCUUAGAAUUUCUGAAUUACCUUCUAAAGUGUCUUUUUAUGGGUCAAACUCUUCCUCAGAAGCAAAAGUUGUUUCAAGUUCUGAACCAAGAUCUGUGAACAACAAAACAGUUGUUGAAAUAACAGUUCCUAUUGGAAAAUAUGAAUUGCCUGUUACUGCAUCAGGAAUUCAAGAUAAAUCUAUGGCUCACAACAUUAGCAAUUUCGAAGUUACCAGCCAUACAUACAAUAAUCUUAUAAAGGCUUGCAGAAUAUUUGUUACUUCAGUAGAUUGUAUUGAUAAACUACUUUUUGACUGGUUUUCAAAGUUUAGUACAAAAUAUGUUGAAAGAGUUUCUUUUUGUAAUCUUUGCAUUCAGAAUGCAAUAGAAAAUAAUUCUCAAUCAAGCAGUUUUAACUUGUCAUUGUUUGAGUUUGAACAUGCUUUAGACUGUUUAAAGAAUAAAAAAGAUUUGAUUUGUCCUUUCCACGAAAAUUCGGUAGAUAUAAAAAAGGUUUUUCCUGACUUGUGUUUCUUAGACUUCAAUUGUAAGAUUUUCUCUGAUGAAGAAAUUGAGUGUGGCAAAGUAAUUUCAAAAGGAAAACUUAAUGAUGUUUUUGCUGUAAAAAUUGCUUCAAAAAACUCUUCAUUUUGUGCAGCAAUGAAAGUUCCUUCCAGUUCUGCUAUAAAAAACAAAUCUCCAUUUACUAAAGCUUACAUUUCAUGGAAUCAUGAAGCCAAAAUGGAGUCUUAUCCUUAUCGUCAAAUACAAUCAUACAUGUCUUAUAGAAAUUUUCGUGAGGAACUUGAUGUUGUCUUAUCAAUAGAGCAUCAGCAUAUAGUUAAAUUCAAAGGAUUAUCUUUGAAACCAUUGGCUAUGUUUUUUGAACUUGUUCCAAGAGGUUCACUAAAUAAUUAUUUAGAUAGGUAUAGAGAAAGGAAAAUUGAAUUACCAGUGUAUGCAGUUAAGGAAACACUUCGUCAGGUCAGUGAUGCUCUAAAUUAUCUUCAAUCUCAAAGUAUCUCAUGCUGUGAUUUAAAAAGUGAUAACAUAUUAGUUCAUGAGUUUCCUGAACCAGAAUGCAGUCUGUAUUCAAAUGUUCGAAUACUAUUAGCAAGUUAUGGAAACAGUAAACAAACGUUGAACAAAAACACAGGUUUUAACAAGGUUUCACUUUUCAGGGUACAAGAUGGUAAUGAAAAUGCAAAAGAUUUGAGUUUUUUGUUUGGUUCCUUUGUGUAUGAGUUAAUAAAUCUACGAAAACCUUUUGGUAACUCUGGUAAUAAAGAUCUUGUUGAUAUGUUUAUGUUAGAGGGAAAACGUCCAAAAAUAUCGCUGGUGGCAAGACAAUAUCCAGUCUCUAUAUUAUCAUUGCUGCAUCAAUGUUGGGCUCUUAAUCGCAAUGAUAGAUUAACUACCUCAGAAAUAAAAAGUCUCACAUCUUUGGAUGAAUUAACAUCACUGUUAGAUGUUUUAGAACUGGAUGAAAACUUCUACUUGCAGUGUGUAAAAACUUGUUCAUCAAAUUUGUGUAAACAAAGUAAUGUGUCCGCAAAUGAUUCAAUUGGUUCACAUGUUUGGUUAAUUACCAGUCAAAAGAAUCAGUUGCAAGAGCGUACUUAUGUGACAAUAUUUUCAUAUGAAGAUUUUAAAUAUGUACAUGAGCUUAACUUUUUAGUAAAAGAAAAAAUUAUCACAGCAUGUUUAGUUGGAAAUACAAUGUGGUUAGGAACAGAUAAAAGUACUUUUAAAGUCUACUGUACUUCGAAAUACCGUCUAAUUGCAUAUGGCGCAUCUAUAAACCAUGCUUAUAUAGUUUGCAUAUAUUACUGUGCUUUAAAAAAGUUUGUUGUUUGCACACAAUCUGAUGGCAAUAUUCUUAUAUAUAGUGAUGAUGUUCGUUUACAAAGUAGAUGUAGUUCUUCGGAACCAACUAAUUAUCAUGUGCACCCAAUAAAAAAAAUAGUUUUUUUAAAGCCUCUAAAUUGCAUUAACAUAGGAAGUCUCAUACAUUGUAUAUGUGCUGUUGAAUCAAAUUCAUCCAUAAAAAAAAUAGUAUCAAAUGAAUUUUUAAUUUCUGAUACUGAAAAAAAUCCUGACAAUUACGAGUUGUGGUGUGGCCAAGAAAAAGGAUGUAUUUCAAUACUAAGUGCAAGUUCAUACAAAAAAAUUGAAACUUUAUCAGUUCAAGACAAAAAUCUAUCAGGUUUUUCAGACAAAAUUGUUACUUUUUUAGAAACAAAUCAAUCAUCUAACUUACAUAGUUAUAUAUGGAUGGUUGUGUAUCCUGGUACAGAGGUGAAAAGAUGGAAUGUAGGCUCAAGAGUUGUUGAAGGAGUUUUUGAUGCUAAAAAUUAUUCUGAAGUGCACAAGGUGAACUCAGUAAAGCCGCAAAAGAAAAUUAUAACUAAAGAUUGUCAAGCUCAAAUUCAAUCUUUGGUUGUUGUUGAAGACAAAAUGUAUGUUGGAACAUCUUUUGGUGUAUUUUUUACUUGCAAUGCUUAUACAAUGAUACCUUAUACGUGGUUAAGAUGUUACAAAGAAUGUUUAAGUGUUAUUGUGCCGUGUCGUAUGCUUUCAAAGCGAGAUGUUAGUCAGAAAGAAAAUCAGCUUAUAUUAACUUGUGGUCAAAAAUCUUUGGGUCGUUGGUUUAACAAUGCUGAUUGUAAUAAGAAUGGAACCAGCGCUAAAAAAGGCUUUAGUCUGAUGAUGUGGAAUGUGAAUUCACUGAAUUAUAGUUUUAAAUCCUAGCAACAUAGUUUAUAUUUUUAUGUAAUUUGUAAAUACCUUUAUGCUAGUUUGCUUGUAAAUCUAGGGAAUGAUUUAAGAAAGCUAAGCGUGUUUAUCGGUACUGUACGUUGAA